UUCGAAAAUAAAUUAACCAUUUAUUAAAUAAUAAUGACGGAUGAAUCAACAAAGGCAACCUUCUUUAAAAGGGGAACCAAGAUUUUGUUCAUCAUCACACCUUAACUAACCAACUAAGUAAAAAAAAAAAAAAAAAAACCAGCACACCGAAAAGCAAAGAAGUGCAAUAAUAUCAUGGCUUCCAGAACUGCAUCGAGUUCGUUGUUCUGGAGAAGUUGGAGAGUUGGAAUCAUCGUCGUCGUCAUCAUCCUUGAAGUACUUGCAGGAUACAAUCAUAUCAGCUGCGUUGAUGCGCUUAAUCCCACGUGUAGUGGCCGGAAAGUGAGUGCAUCCUACAGCAAGCAAGUGACCGAGCUUGUGCUCCAGCUGGAGCACAACGCGCCCUACUCCAAAACUCGCUCGGCGGCGGGCGGGGUCGGCUCCGUUGCCGGGGAGGCCAGCUGCGGCGAGCGGGCCUGGGACGCCGACGACUGCACAGGUUGUCUUGGAGAUGCCGUGGUCGACCUGAGUGUGGAUUGCAAGGGGCGAGAAUCGGGCAGCUCCACUGGCUUCUUAGGUCGCUGCAAGAUGAACUUUCACCGGGCUAGCUAGCUAAUUGGGUGUUUGACCAACAAUCUCUUAAUCCCAAUAACUUGAGUUAUUGAGAAUAUGUUGGUUAAAUUUCUAUUUCUUAUAUACUUCUCAAACGAAAUUUUGAGAUUUUCAAUUUAUAGAGGGUGAAAUUAUCAUCCCUUGUUUUGCUAAACUAUUAGACUUAAGAGAGUGUAGAAGUCAAGUAGAUUGAUGAGUUGAGCAAUAAUAAGGUCAAUCGAGU